AUGUCGUUCUUUGGGUUCGAGACGAGCGUCCCACGGGACGACAAAGAUUCAAAGCAAGCAUAUGCCGAAGAAGAUAUCGCAGUCUACACCUGGGGAGAUGCCUCCUACGACGCAUUGGGCAGUGCCCUUGAAGAAACUGGCGACGACUUGAACGACGAGACGUUUGGAGGUGGACCAGUCGGCAAAGACUUUGAUUUCAGCGGCGCUACGAAUGCCGCUCUGACAAACCAGCCAAAUGUACAACCGUCUAAGCCAUAUCAAUCUGAUCUAGCGCCAAAAACGCAACAAAAUACGUCUUACGCAUUUCAACUAGCAACCAACGAUUUGUGGAAGAAUGUGGAUCCCAGUUCUGCUUUCUCUAAACAGGUACCGACCGAGCAUAUCACCAAUCCGGUACAUCAGACGAGCGCAGCCCAACGCACUGCACCCUCUGUUUUUGCCCAAAUCAACCCGUCAGUAAAUCCCCAAGCCGACUAUAACAUUACGAAUCUGUCAUCUGCCACUGCCGCCCUGAGUCUCGACGGACACAAUGAGGCACGACCGCGCACAAUGGCAGAGAUAGAAGCCGAGAUGCACGCUGCACUACGAGAGCAGCAACAGCAGCAAUUGAUCUCGCAACAGAGAGAAAGAGAGAGGAUGCAGAUCGAACAACAGCUCCUAAUGCAACAGCAGCAGCGAAUGAUGGAAGAGGAGCAACUACGCAUGGAAAUGGAAAAGAGACGACUGUAUGAGCAACAGGCCCUCCAAGAUCCCUUGUGGGCAAUUAGGCAGGCCAUGAUGCAAGAAAAUGGCAUGUCGGUUCAAGGGCCCUCUGACUUGCGGCCAUCUCUGAGUGCAAACGUGUCGCCCAUGACACAAAAUCGGCAUCCAAUGUCCCAGAUACCUCAUCAACCCCAUCCUCCGCACAAUCAUGGUGCAGGAAACCAACAAGCUCUUGUCAACGAGCUCUUGCUUCAUCACCAAAGGCAACAAAUGCUGGAGCAGCAAGGACACCCAAGACCUAACUACGAUAUCAGUAUCGAGAGUCAAGAUGCGAUGGCCGCUGAUGCUCGACGUCGAAUGCAAGAAGCUGAAAUGAUGGAAGCCCGGCAUCGGCGUCGGAUGGCCAAGAUUCAAUCAAUGGCAAGUGAUCAACUUGUACAAGCUCGCUACAACGAUAUCAUGACGCAGUCCGACAAAGAUUUCAUUACGCGCGUGCAAGUGGCUCAGUUGGUCACUUCUGAUCCCUACGCGGACGAUUUCUAUGCACAAGUAUACGCUUCUAUCCGACAGCAAAGGAUUGCCUCGGAAAAUCAAGUGCUCAAGGGCGCGCCAAGACAAGGAGGUCAACGAGGACCACAUCGAAGAGAAAAUGCUAUACAACGGAUGCAAGCUCAUGUGGAGCGGAUUGUGAGCCAUAUGAAGAGCAGGGAACAGUCCAAGGAAGCUUCAUGGAAAACAUCAGGAAGGAGCUACAAGGCAGCUCCUCGACAGCUAUUGCAAGUCGCCACAGCUUCUCCCGACUCGAAGGCACAUCAUCCAGUCAAGGAACAUGACUCCGUGAAAUCUCUAGAUAGUCAUGUUCAUCAUGGAGACUUGCCUCCCCCAUUUAGUCCCACGGAAGGCCUGAUGAUUAUUGAGCGUCUAUUCAACAACAUUCUCGAGAUAGAGCAACUGAGGCGCAACAAACCAUUGGCGGAAGACGAAGCCAGGAUGUCGACGUGGAAGCAGAGUCUCGACGAGUUGCUUGACACCAUCUGGCAGGGCCUCAGGGUCGUUGGGCCACUGUACGAAACGAACCCGCAUCCAUUUAUUGCUCUCAUCGCGCCCAUGAAGGGUAAACGAUUCAUUGGGCGACUCGGUCGUGACUUGACCGACGAGCAAAAGUUAAUGACCCUAGGUGUCAUCGUGAAUCGUAUCGAGCAACUAGACGUCAUUCGAGGGGCAGCCAUCCUCGACUCUGUGGAGGAUUCGCCAGCGCGACGGAUGUUUGAGAGGCAGGCCGGAGCAUUUCAAGAAAACGUUAUAAACCAAGGACUUCAUCUAUCUCCCUCCGCGAGAACCCUGAAGACGUAUACCGCGCUGAUCGAGUUGAUGAUUGAGAAUCUGUCCACUUUUUCCCGCGUCGUAAUCACUCGUCCCGGCCUCACCUUGCUCGAACACUUCUUUGCGGAAGCGUCCCUUCUCAAGCAUGGUCUGCAAGGUCCAGAAGGAGAGCACAUCGCCGCACCUGCGGAGGACGUGGCGAAAUGGUCAAACCUGUAUGACAGGGUCUUUGAACAUCUCCUUCCUCUGUGGAACAUCAUGUUCCCGUCGACACGCAUAUUGGCGGCUUUUCCUCCCAAUUCUCUUGAGGCGGUUCAAGUGAGCGUGGUGACAGAUGGUUUUGACCUACAUGUGUGGCGUUUCCUCGCCGGCUUCGCACUGGAGGGCACGUUGGAACAACACUCCCGACUCGUGACUCAGUUACGCGCCAAGGUUAUGGGGACACUUCGAAUGGCUCAAGCGCUAGAAGAGGGCAAGGCAAAGGCGCGCAAAAUCCGCAACGUCGACCUUUUCCUCAACGCACUCGGCCUCAGCAGCACCCAAAUUCUAGAGGCUACUCCGCAGAUUCCCAUAUAG